CGUUUGUCCUGCGAAAGUACUCGUGGACUGGUCUUUGCCAAAGACAGUACUUGCGAACGCUGAACUGGUUCAAGGCGGGAGGUCCUGUUAGAUCGCCGCACCUGCCCUCUGUAGAUGGACUUUUUGUGGUGGCAGGUGGUGAAUUCCCGAGAAACCGCAGUGUGCCUGACAAUCAAUGUUUAUCAAUCUUGCGAAAGGCGCUACCUAUGUGGCUACCUACCGUAUCGCAGGCUCAUUAACAGCACGAGCAAAUCGGAGAAAACAUUCCUCGCAACAUCACUCAGGCACGGUGGGGAAUGGGCUGGCGGAAGGCGGGCGCGUUAGAAACAAUGUCUUGCCCCAAACGGCCGGCUCGCUCUCUGUUUUCCUUCCUCUCCUUUUUGCUUCCCUUCUUUCCGUUUAUUUUGCGGGGACAUCGUUAUCGUUUUUUCUUUUCUUCUCUUCUUCUUUUUUAUGGAUCGUCGCAUCCCUCUCCGUUGGCCUUGGGCACGUCAUAACCGACAUGUUGCGUAUCGCCGACCCAUUCACCUCUGUCUCUGGGUUUGUUGACCUGUGUACCUGGCUGCUACGAUACGAGGUAGGAUUCGCUUCAAGUUGUAAACUACAUGUGGACUGUGUGUGGACUGUACUUGUGUUUCUUCUGAAUGUCGGCUUGGCCGUUUCUGCCUUUAUGCUGACGACGACGAUCACGACGACGAGGGGGGCGCCCGCUUAUGCUUGUAGCUCACCGCAUGCCCUGCUUCAGGGUCAUUCGUUGUUGAGACGGUUUAUGCUUGGAGACCUUCCCGAUCGCCGAAUGCGGCUGCGCUCUUAAGACUCGAGACCUUAUAAGAUGGACUGGUCGGUUCGUCGUCGGCCGGUGCGUCCAUGCGCGCCAUCAGAGGCCAUCGCGAGGGUCCAUCCUGUUUGUCCUCUCGGCUCGAACCUGGACUGACCUUGUCUCGAACACGAGCCUCAAUUCACAUCGCGCUCGCUCAUCGUCUCGCUCGCGCCGUCGACGAUCAGAGUUGCAC